UCAAAAGUAUUAACUUUAGCUAAAGGUCUUUCACCAUACACCAAUACGUACCUGAGACUUGGUGGAACCACUGCCGAUUUUUGUACCUUCACAUUAUCAGAUGUCAAUAAUCAUUUUAAUGUCACGAAGAAGCAUGGGAGAAAAUGGGAGAGGCAGGAUCUAUUAUAUGAAUUCCUCAGGAAUAAACACAAAAAUCUAACCGAGUUCUAUAUGACAGCUAGAAUGUGGGAUGAAAUCCAUGAAUUUGUGCAGAAGGCCAGCUUGGAUCUAAUUUUUGACCUCAAUGUUCUUUUACGAACAAAAGAUGACCAAUGGAACAGCUCAAAUGCAGAACUAUUGCUGAAGUACACACAGUCCAGGGGCUAUAGAAUGGCAGGCUGGGAACUGGGAAAUGAGCCCAAUAGUUUUCACCAUUUGAAUUCAUCAAUAAAUGUAACAGCAGAGAGUCUAGGACAAGCUUAUUUUCAGCUUUCACAAAUGUUGGCCAAAUUUCCCCAAAUUCAAGGAAGAAUUUUCACUGGUCCAAGCACGACACAACUGAACAAAGAUCCCACAGUACGUUAUUUUACAGAAUUCCUGAAAACACCAGGAGGAGGAACGGUGACCUCUCCAAACUUCCAUCAAUACUAUGUCAAUGGAAGAACUGCUACAGUGAAUGAUUUCACAAACUCUGAAAUCCUGGACAGUUUUCAGGAGGAGUUGAAAACUGGGAACAAGAUCAUCCAGGGAAUGGGGGACAAAAGGAAACUGUGGCUGGGGGAGACGAGCUCGGCUUAUGGAGGGGGAGCCGAGGGGCUCUCAGACGCAUUUGUGGCUGCUUUCAUGUGGCUGGACAAGCUGGGUAUGGCAGCUAAAAACAGCGUGGACGUCGUCCUGAGACAGAGCUUCUAUGGUGGUAAAUACGCCCUGUUAGACGCCACAACAACAGACCCCAAUCCUGAUUACUGGUUGACUGUACUGUACAAACAAUUGGUUGGAAACAAAGUCCUUAAUAUAACAUCCUCUCCAAGUUCCCGGGAUGUGAGAUUUUAUGCCCACUGUUCUUCAGAAAGGUUUCCACUAGGCUCUGUAACAUUAUAUGGUAUGAAUCUACUUUCUGAUGGAGUAAAUGUGACAUUUCCUCAGCUUGAUGGACAGUUAAAAAUUUAUCUCCUGACUGCUCCAAACCAAGACCUGAAGUCCAGAUUUGUGAAUUUGAAUGGCAUUACCUUGGAGAUGACCUCUGACACCAGUUUGCCCCAGUUGACCCCGAGAAUAGGCACCAGUCCUGUCUACCUGCCUCCUUUCUCCUAUAUUUUUAUUGUGGCUGAUGAAAAGACUUACAGUAAAGAGUGCAUCCAUUGACAGGAAAACAUAAUGGAGAACUGGGCAUAUAUCCUGAUGGCAAAAUAAUGCUUCAAAGAUUGGUGCAUAAUAAUAAUAAAUAAGACCUGCUUGUGCAAUAUACUUUUAUAUUUUUUUGAUAUGUUUUUUAUUGAAUUUUUUGAUAUUAAACACAGUCACAUUUAAUAUUGUGUUGUUAACAUCUUGAUUUUGUAUAGAUUACGUACACAUCAAUUUGACUGUUUAAUGUCUAACUUUUAGAAUCUCAAUAAAGCGAGGCCAAGUCUAAUUAUUUCUAUACUAGAGAUUUUGAUAAAUUUUCUUGAAUUAA